UUCGCUGCUGUUUGGUUCCCAUUACAGUCAUGGCUGCCUUCAGCAAGCUACCGCACAACUGCUACGAAAUAGGCCAUACUUGGGACCCGUCAUGUGUGCAGUCCGCUGUGGAUGUAACCAGGGGGGCUCUGGAGGUCUCCUUCAAAAUAUACGCUCCUCUGUACCUGAUAGCUGCAGUUUUAAGAAGAAGGAAAAAGGAUUACUACUUUAAAAGGCUUCUCCCAGAGAUACUACGAUCUACCUCAUUCCUCACUGCCAAUGGAGGUCUCUACAUUGUUUUCUUCUGCAUUCUCAGGAAACUGUUGGGGGGCUUCUACUCCUGGUCUGCUGGGUUUGGCUCAGCGCUGCCUGCCUCUUAUAUUGCCAUUCUCCUGGAGCGCAAAAGCAGGAGAGGGCUCCUGACAAUAUACAUGACAAAUCUCGCCACUGAGACGAUUUUUCGCAUGGCAGUGACAAGAGGCAUCAUCAAACCCAUCAAACAUGGCGAGGUUCUGCUGUUUUGUAUAACUGCAUCACUCUACAUGUUCUUCUUCAGGAGUAAAGAUGGUCUUAAAGGUUUUGCAUUCUCCGCUUUAAAAUUUAUCAUCGGGAAGGAAGAGAUUCCAACCCACUCUGCCUUGGCAGACCACAGCCACUCAAGAGCCCUUGAGAGGACAGCUGCUAUAGAGACAGUGAAUUCACAGCCAUCAGCAGAAAGGCAUAUCUCCAGGAGGAAAACUCUAAUAGCCUACACUAGGGAACUACUGGAAUCGAUAUGCAAAAAGGGUCCAAGACACAGAUGUUGCAAACAUUACCAGGACAACUGCAUCUCCUACUGUGUCAAAGGUUUUGUCAGGAUGUUCAGUAUUGGCUACCUGAUUCAGUGUUGUCUUAAAGUCCCUUCGGCAUUCAGGCAUAUGUUCUCCAAACCAUCACGCCUUCCCUCCCUCCUCUACAACAAAGAGAACUUCCAGCUGGGGGCAUUUCUUGGAUCUUUUGUUAGUAUUUACAAGGGAACAAGCUGUUUGCUACGCUGGCUGCGUAACAUAGAUGAUGAGCUUCAUGCAUUGAUAGCUGGCUUCUUGGCUGGUAUGUCGAUGUUCUUUUACAAAAGCACGUCAAUAUCCAUGUACCUCUUCUCAAAGCUGGUGGAGACCAUGUACUUCAAGGGCAUUGAGGCCGGCCGAUUCCCCUACUUUCCUCACGCAGAUACGGUCAUAUAUGCCAUCUCCACUGCAAUCUGUUUCCAAGCGGCUGUGAUGGAAGUGCAGAACCUCAGGCCGUCAUACUGGAAGUUUCUGCUGCGUUUAACAAAGGGCAGGUUUGCUCUGAUGAACCGACAGUUGCUAGAUGUGUUUGGGACGCAGGCCUCCAGGGACUUUAAAGGCUUUGUUCCCAAAUUGGACCCACGGUACACCACAGUGCCCAGCCAAACAGUGCUUCCACCAGGAGAUGAUAUUCUACUGGGCUAAUUUGACGCCAGGCGUAGAACGGGUUUUGAGGCUGCUUCAAAAGCAACCUUUAGUGGUUUGUUGUCACUGACUUGAGGAUUUUUUUUCAGAGAAGUUAUAACAGGUUUCACAAUGGGAUAUGCAAUGCAGGAUGUGAAAGGUCAAGGUCUGUUCAAUGUCCUGUGUAAAGGGCAGCACUGGUACAUGCAGGUAACUAGUAAAAUAAAAGAAACAUCUGGUAAAACUGAAAAAUAUAACACUAGAGGUAUUUUGAGUCUUUUUGCACCCAUAGAAGUGCAAGUGCUUUUUGUGAUGUGGAUGACACACAUUUUGUAGCACAUUUUAGAUUAAAUAAACUUCUCAAACAAAUUUGGACACACAGUCUUCCAGUAUAUUUCUGCAAAGGCAUUUUGCUGCAAAGCUAGUAAUAAUUACCUGUAAUCAUUUAAAACAUUUGUUUUGAUAGAAUCAUUUCUGAAUCAUUUUACUCGAUAAAAUUCUGGAAGUGCCAUAGUUGCAAAUUUUGUAUAACUUCUUUUUGCCUUGGAUGAAGAAAAAAAAUGCAGUAAUACUUUUAAUUAAAAAACACAAUUUAGUACAAUUCAGUCAUUUAGUAGGAUGUAAAAUGACUUUGCUAAGACACACUACUCCUUAUAUGUUGAUGUUUCUUAAUUUUGCAAGUUACCUGUAGGUUGGUAUAGACUCAAGCAUUCCCCUGGUGUUAGAGAAACUCACUAAUUCACCAAUAUUUAUCAUCAUUGUGGAACUGAUGUGAAUUUUACAUUUUAAUUUACACCAAGGAAAAAAUAUGGGAUUAUUUGAUCAUUUCUGAAUGUGAACAUUUUAAAGACUAGAUGGAUGCAAUGGAUUAUAUACAUUAUUAUGUAGCCUUAUUGAACAGCUGGCAGUAGCUGUGUUCACAUUGUGAUACAGGUGGGAUUUGUAAUAAGUGGGAAAUACAGGUCUAAAAUUACUGUUUUUAAGUACUGAAGUAGAUUUUUUCCCCCUCUCCUUUUUACUAACAGCUUUCUUUUGACAGUUUUUUUUUCCUUUACUCAUAUCUGACUCUAUUAAUUACAUUUGACAGCUGUGAUUGCAGUGGGAUUUUGGUUUAACAGUGAGCAUGAGCUUCCCUAAUGGGUAUCACAUACAAAAAAACCCAAAUUGAGAGAGUCAUUUUGUGAAAACUGGUUGGUUUGGUGAUGGACUACAUUUGUGUACAAGACCUGCUGUCAUUACAACUCAGUCAUUUGUCUUGAAGGAACAUUAUGGAGACUGCUAUAUUUUCCUGUUCCCCAAAUCAUAUGGGAUGAAGCAUGAUAUGACAGGAAAUCACAAUAUUUAGUUGCAAAAAAUACAGAUUGGCAUUAAUUGGGUCUUUCAGUCAAGCCUGAAAUAUGUAGGGUCAGUAAAAUGCUUAUGUUAUUUAAAUGCAGUUGGGUGAUGCUGAGCAGAUUGAUUUCUGGUCAGAGGAUAUAGAUGGUGCAAUAAAGAGUUCAGGAGAGAACAUUUUCACCUCAUUGUACAUGUGUCUAAAAUAUACUCAUUGUCCGCAGACUUUACUAAAUGUGUCAGUGUGUAUUUUCACAUUCAGUCUUGAUGUUGUCAUUUUGUAGCUUACCUUAGCUACAAGCAAGUCAACUUUAUUUGUACUUUUCAUGUCAAUGUCUGGAAGGUUAGGGGUAAAUUAGGGUUUAAUGAGGUAAAUUACGGUACACAUUGUUUUUUCAGGGGUUUUGUUCUUUUUUAGAUUCCUGAAUACAGACCAAACAAGUUCACAAACACUUAACAGUAUGAAUACACUAUGUUCACUUAAUAGGAGUGUGAAAGGUGGGUGCUGUUUGAACUUAGAGUAAUUUGGCCAUUGGUAAAGUAAAUCAUUUAUUGACUCUGCAACCAUGACAGUGAUACUUUGCAACUGAUGCUUGAAGGAAGCAGUUUCUAUGAAUAAACAUCACACAGCUUAGUUUCCUUCUGUUUUGACUUGGCGUCUGAAAAACAAGCACUGCCAAAAUGACAUUUGUUAGUUGGACAUCGUACAUGUAACAAAUUCAUCUGUAAACCUUACUAUCUGUGAUCAUUAGACACAAUGAGUUUGAUGUUAUUUCUAAGGAGGACUUCUGUGGUUCAUGUUCAGCUCGUUGAUGCAAGUUACAGUGUUGCAUCCAUAAAUUCUCAAGUGGAGCAUUCAUAAGGAUGUCAUUCCUUGACAUCACCCAUUUUAAUUGCACAUGUUUCGUAGUUGAGUUGGUUGGAAGUUUGUUUACAGCAAAUUAUACAUCCAGUUUUACUUUCCAGCUUUAGACACACCUGACCUCCAUAUCAGAAGCCAUGAUUGUAAAGAUACAGUGCAAGAUUCAUGACAAGACUAAAAGAUAUUAAAAAAAACAAAUAAACAGUAGUGAUAUAUCAAAAUAAUCUAUUGCAUAGAACUUUACCAUUAUUGUCAAAUGCUUUUGAUUUGUGUUAAAGAGGUGUUUAUUAAAAUAUUUUUUGAUUCCUA